GCAUACAAAAUACCAGAUUAAAUUGUUAAACAAAUUCCAAGUCCCCAAUCUAUCAAAAAAAGUUUCCUUGCCAGGUAAAAAAGAGUUUAAAUAAAGGGGCUUAAGUGGGCUAAGUUCGUUUUUUCAUCGGUAUGGCACGCUGAAAAGGCGCCAUUCUUAAGAAGCGUCCCUCCAUUUUUUUUAAACUCCUAAAUAAUUACUGCUCGACGUCAUAAUGCAGCGCCACAGGGAAUUAUAUAAACAGCAAUCACUUGCUUUCAGCCCACGCAAUUUCAAUGAGCAGAACCGGGAACUCCAGAAUGCGGCGCGUGCAAAACAGCGCGAGGAUCGUUUUCAAAGCAACCGCAUUAUUAGUGUUAGUCCAACUCCCGUCAAGCGUGCGGCACCUAUACCGCCCUCAGAGGAGGCGCAGCCACGCCUUACCUAUGUCGCUCCUCCUAAGGAGAAUCGAAAACCAGAGCUGCUUCAGCAGCAGAGGAACCCCACCCGGGACCUUUACAUAAAGCGCUUCGUGGAUUGGAAGGCUGCCAGGAAGGAACAAACAAAGAACGAGCAAAUUGCUCGUCGUGGUCAAAAGAUGUUCACAUAUAAAACCGAAACACUUAAACCUGCGACAAACCCCCAGAAGCUGCGGGAAAAUUUAAGUCGACCGCAGUAGCAAAAGGGCCGGCAAUAAAAAACAAGCUUGCCAGCCAAUUGUCGACCAGAAUGAAGGCCAAGAGCAACGUCAGCAAGUACGUAGGUCUUCAAAAGAAUGUUCGAAAUCGGCCGGAGCUGAUGAGAGAGUUGGUUGAGGCUGGGACCACUGAACUCCCACUGCCUCCCAAUACGCCGCUGGAAGAGAAGAUAAGUUUCUCUGCUCUGGCCACAUUCACGCAGUGCAAGACGAACAAUUGCAGUCAAGAAAUGAUAGAAGCCUUGGGUGAGAUUUCAAAUCUGAGUCCAGUGGGUCCAAUGAGCAGCCACCGAGAUUCGAAAGCGAAGCGGAAAUUUGACUUUUCUAGGUACUCUUUGAUAAAAACGGCAGCUGAAGAGAGUUUGAUCUUGGAUCCAUAUCUGGCUAAGGAUCCAGAUGAUAAAGAACAAGAAAAUUCUACUCUGAAGGCAGCUGCGGAGCAAACCCCUCCUCGCAGGAUUUCCGAUGAGAAGCCCAACUACUUAAGUCCAUAUGUGAGCGUCUCGCGCGGUAAAGUCAACUCUCGCUGUGAUCGUGAGAAGCGAAACAGCAUGUAUUUGCCCGGUGAGGAGUAUCCUGUUGCCAAUCGGCGGGCCCUCGAGUCGGUGCUCUACUUUCGCAUACAGCUGGAGAAUGAGAUUCGACGACUGCGAGAUAUCUGCAGCGAGUGGGAAGCCUAUAGCAAGGAGAAUGAGGCGCAUCUGGUUGAGACGGGCGGCAUAGAUAUGAUCAAUGUGGCCAUUGGACAGACUAAUUUGCUCUAUACCAAGAAAUUGAUGCAGUUCAGCGGUCUGAUUGACCGUUGCGAGGCGGGAGCUACGGGCAAGAACCAUCGACCCUACGAUGGCAGCGAGGAGACGAAACCCGUCCAGGCAGAGGAUCUGGAAGGGUGGUGGGACAUGCUGCGACUCCAGAGUGAGAAUGUUGACAAGCGCUUUGAUAACUUGAAGCGAUGGAAACAGAACAAUUGGCAGGACCCCGAUGCAGUUGAGGAAUCGAAAAUACCAGCCAAGCCUGUGGCCAAACCAAAGUCUAAGCUGGGCAACAAUUUAAACGCUAAGCCCAAGGUCAAGGCCAGCAGUAACUUGAUGCAAUUACUCCGCAAGGCCCAUGCUGAAAUGAAAAAGGCUAAGGCGGAUGUGGUAUCAGCGGACGAUGCCCCGCAAACUCCAUCUCGCAGCAGCACUCAGCGUGUGAUCGUAGUACGCGACCGUCGGUCCUUCUCUCCUGCUCGCACCGUCCUGCGCAUGUCUGUAGGCGAGAGCCGUUCUUCCAAUGGUGGCAACACUCUGCUCAAGUCUGCUAUAUUGGCCGCAGCCGAACAAAACGCUCUUAAUCAUACCCCCCCUCCCAAUAAGGGACGCCAGUCGAUUCUGAAAAAACCAGGGACCAGCAAGCGUGAAAGUCGUGGUGUUAUUUUCAGUACAAAGAAAAAUGUACGGCACUUCAAAUUCACCUACGAAGAAGGCACUAUUAGCGAUGAUGAGCCCUUUGGCGGCGAUAAGCUAGAGGAUUGCGAGGAGGACAUGUCGAUCGAAGCUUCAGGGGAAACACGUUCCGUAGACCAGGGCCCAGCAGAAAAUGAGCCGCAAUCCGCGUCUUAGGCCAUCCACCGAGUUUAUGUAGUUUAUCUAUCAUUUAUUAUUUAAAGUUACGUUUUUGUUUAUAUGUAUAGUAUUAUUUAAUUCUGAAAAUUAUGUUUCAAUUUCAAA